UUUUUUUUGAUCGAAGACCUCUCCCCGCAUAACACACAUAAUGGCAGCCAAAGCUUUGCCUACCCACCUCAGAGCUCCGGCCACGGAAACCUCCAACGCUGGCUCUUUCGGCAAGCACCACGGAAAGUCUCAGUCUCACAUGGCGUUCGAGAAUGCCUCGACCAGCGUUGCUGCUUCCCAGAUGCGUAAUGCUCUGAAUGCCCUCUCAGAGACCGUCCCUGACUCUCAGGAGCGCAAGCGCUUCGAGGCCGAAAUGGACAACUUCUUCGCCCUCUUCCGCAGAUUCCUGAACGACAAGGCUAAGGGUAACGAAGUGAACUGGGAUCGCAUUGCUCCUCCCCAGCCUUCCCAGGUCGUUAACUACGAGAGCUUGGGCAGCGAGGCUUCGGUUGAGUUCCUGAACAAGUUGGCUGUCGUUAAGCUGAACGGUGGCCUGGGUACUUCCAUGGGUUGCGUUGGCCCCAAGUCGGUCAUUGAGGUCCGUGAGGGCAUGUCAUUCUUGGAUCUGUCCGUUCGCCAGAUCGAGCACCUGAACCGCACCUUCAACGUCAAUGUUCCCUUCGUCCUGAUGAACUCCUUCAACACCGACCAGGACACUCAGUCCAUCAUCAAGAAAUACCAGGGCCACAACGUUGACAUCCUCACCUUCAACCAGUCUCGCUACCCUCGUAUCAUCAAGGACUCUCUUCUCCCCGCUCCCAAGAGCUUUGAUGCUCCUCUGCAGGACUGGUACCCCCCUGGCCAUGGUGAUGUUUUUGAGUCCCUGUACAACUCUGGCACUCUCGAUAAGCUCUUGGAGCGUGGUGUGGAGUACAUCUUCUUGUCCAACGCCGACAACUUGGGAGCGGUGGUCGACCUUCGCAUCUUGCAGCACAUGGUUGAUACCGAGUCUGAGUACAUCAUGGAGUUGACCGAUAAGACCAAGGCCGAUGUGAAGGGUGGUACUAUCAUCGAUUACGAGGGCAAGGCUCGUCUUCUAGAAAUCGCUCAGGUUCCUAAGGAGCACGUCAACGAGUUCAAGUCCAUCAAAAAGUUCAAGUACUUCAACACCAACAACAUCUGGAUGAGCCUCCGCGCUAUCAAGCGUGUCGUUGAGGAGAAUGAGCUCGAGAUGGAGAUCAUCGCCAACGAGAAGUCGAUCCCCGCUGACAAGAAGGGCGAUGCCGACCAGGCCAUCUAUCAGCUUGAGACCGCUGUUGGUGCCGCUAUCCGUCACUUCAAGAACGGCCACGGUGUCAAUGUCCCUCGUCGCCGCUUCCUGCCCGUGAAGACAUGCUCCGAUCUCUUGCUGGUCAAGUCGGAUCUUUACCGUCUGGAACACGGCCAGUUGGUCAUGGACCCCAACCGCUUCGGCGGUGUUCCUGUCAUCAAGCUUGGAUCCGACUUCAAGAAGGUUUCCGACUUCCAGAAGCACAUUCCUAGCAUCCCCCGUAUCGUUGAGCUCGACCACCUGACGAUCACCGGUGCCGUCAACCUGGGCCGUAAUGUUACUCUGAAGGGCACAGUCAUCAUUGUCGCCACGGAGGGUAGCACUAUCGAUGUGCCUCCUGGCUCGGUACUGGAGAAUUGUGUCGUCCAGGGAAGCUUGCGUAUCCUGGAGCAUUAGUUUACACAUUUGACUGCCUUCGGCUUGCACCAUUCUCCGUUUGCCCUUCCCUGAGCUGGUACAGAAGGAGGUGCUUGCGAGGCCGGAUAGAUCUGUUUUAGAAGCGGGGGUUUCUUACCUUAUGUGGAUUUUGGGUCUGAUUAACAUAUAUCCUGUGUUGAUUGAACGUCUGGGAGGCGCAUUCGUGGCAACGGUUUCGAUUGGGGUGUGCAGCAAAACUUAGUUUAGUAUUGUCCAUAAUCUUUUAUUAUCUUCUAACUACUAGUUCUAUUUGACUUUGUCUGGACAGA